AUCAUAUUUGGGGUCUCCCAGGUCUUAUUUGGAGAUCUGUCCAGUAUCUUCUUCCAGCUACCCCUUCUGCUCAUCCCCAGAAGAAAUUGCACAGAGAGGUGAUUAUUUUACCAUCAGAGGUCUCCUUUCUUAGUAAUGCCAUCAAGCGAGAACUGGAAAGAAACAUGCAGAAACGGGUAGUGUACCAGCGAUGGUUGCUACCUAAAAGAAUUUUGGAAUCUAUGAAGCUGUUCUACUCAAGUUAUAGUUAUCUAAAACCCAUCAUUCCUUGGCAAGUGGGUGGAAUUAACAAAGAGCAAGGUAGCAGACUCUCCAAAAUUGAGAUUGCUGCACCUCCACGGAUUCAUGCCCGAAGCCAGGUUGAGGUUCAUCUCAAACUGCAGCUCCAUUUGGCUAAGAAACAUUUGGAAAUUUAUUUGGACGCUCUUCCGGUAACUGUUAGAACUUCCUGGAGGCACAUGCUUUUCUCUUUGAGAAUCCCUCUCCCUAAGAUCAUUUUGAGUCACCAGCCAAUGCUUCCCCGCAGAACCUUGUUGCCCUUUGCAUGCAGGAAAGCCAUUGAUAGGAUAGAAAUGACUGUGCAACGUAAUCAUUUUGCUUCCUUGUGGGAGCUGACCACUCAUUAUGUCAAGGCACUUGAACAAUUGAUGCCCAAACCUUUGUCCCAGCCCCUAAGAGGUCAGAAAAGGACUGCCUUCUUAUUCACUAAAAUUCAGUGGGUGCUUCCUCCAGGAUUCAGCAUGGAAACUUUAGAGCUGCACGUUAAAAGGAAGAGAAUCCAACAUGAAUGGGGUUUUCCGGUCCUUAUCCAAAAAUCAAUCAAGAGCUUCAUCUAUCAGCCACCUUCAUCCUCAUCUUUAACAAAGACAAAAAUCAGUGUCCAUACCCUGGUUCAGGAGCUAUCGUUCCUUUCCCAGGAUAUCUGCAAAAACCUUGAACUUCAUGUGCAGAAGACAAAAUUAUAUCGCCAGUGGGGGUUGCCACAAAGGGUUCUUGCAUCUCUGAAGAAGCUACAGCCAGCAGUAAACAUUCAUGCUCCAAGGCCAAAAACACUGGUGUACCAGACAAGAAGAACAAUAUCCACCUAUAAGACCUUCCCUCUAUUCCAAACUAAGACUGUUCUAUGCACCAUGUGCUGCAAACAGAGGAUGGUGGCGAUUCCUCCACAUGUUCCUCACAAACUUCCCUUAAAAGGAUCCAACUAUCUGGAGAAGAUUUGCCUUCACCUGUCUAAGAAAUACGUGGAGAUACAGUUGGAGGUUUUCCCAGACAUUGUUAUGGAUUCUUGGAAACAUAAUGUGUUGGCAACAAGGCAACCACUCCCCAAAUUAAUCUCCCAUGGUCCUAAGAUUUUGCAGCCCCGACGGAGCUUCCUACCCUUUAUGCAAAAGCAGGAAGCAAAAAGGUUGGAGAUGGCAGUACAGCUUCACUAUUUUAGUUCCCUCUGGGGUCUGGCCAAAAGAUAUGUGGAAGCUGUUGAUGCAAUGAUUCCUAGAUCAUAUGCCUCACCCCUCCAGAGAAAGAGUGUUCCUAUUGUGAUGUUCUCAGAGACGCAGAUACCAUUUCUCCAACCACAAGAACAAGAGAUUUUUGAACUGCAUAUCAGGAAAAAAAGGUUGCAUCAUGAAUGGGGUUUCCCAGCACUCAUCCAGAGCUCUCUCAAGGUCUUCAUGCAAGGUUUCCCCCCAAGUUCCACCACCCACAGGACCACAAUCAAUGUCCAUGCUUUGCCCCAAAAGCUUUCAUUUCUCCCUUGGCCAACUUGCAACUACUUAGAGUUUCAUGUACAAAAACUGAAACUACAACGGCUUUGGGGCUUACCAAAGAGAAUCCUUGAGUCACUGAAAUAUUUCCGCCCUUCUGCUCCUUUGGGAAAAGCUCAGCUCCCCCAAAGUGACAAGAAAACUAAAUUAACAGAAGCAAGGUUCGGUGCUGGAGAAAAUCAAAGGGCUUGUUGCAAAUCGGUUGAGUCCACGCAUUCGACUCCAAAGAAAUUGGAUCUCCUCAAGGAACACAUCAGAAGAAAAUACAUUCAGGUACAGCUGGAGACACUCCCUAGACUGGUGAGACAGUCCUCCAAAGAAUCCAGUACUAUUUCACCAAAGCACCUUCCCAAGUUGAUUGAGGCUGGGAAGAAAUCCCCCACCAACAGACCAUUGUCCUUACUUUUUCUGCCGCCAAGUAAUAUAAAUAUGUUGGAACAGAAUUUAAGACAUAAACAUUUGACGUUCUUGUGGGGGGUUAGCAAAAAAUAUAUGGAAUCCUUAACUAUAGUGGUCCCAGUUAGACCUUUCCCAGCACGAACCCAAAAGGCAAGCAUUGCAUUCCUACAGCCGAAGGCCCCUUUUGUUCAGAAAGAGGCAAGAGAAAUGUUGGAGUAUCACAUCCAGAUAAAGAGACUUCAUCAUCUUUGGGGUUUGCCAUUCAUCAUCCAAAGCUCUUUACAAGCCUUUACAACCUAUUUAUCCAUUGUCCCCCAUCCACCACAGAGAAUAAGGCAGGAAAUUAGAAUUUCAGUGCAGGAUCUGCCAUUUGUUUCUAAGUUUGUUCAACAGAACUUAGCAUCUAGCAUUAAAAAGAUGGUCAUUCACAGCCAAUGGGGGCUGCCAAAAAGAUUACAUAAAUUUCUGCGUGGCUUUUGUCCCACCCCUCCAGGAGAUCAUGAAGAAUUAAGGGAGUUCAGAAACUUUCUGGUCAGUGGACCUAAGUUCAAAAAAGCACAACGUAUCACUAGAUUGCCACAGGCUAGUUUUGUAGAUGGUCAACCAAAGAAGGCCGCCUUUCUCACAGAUGAAAGUGCAGAUCUUUUGGAAAGGCACAUCCAACAUAAAAAGUUCCAGCAUGAAUGGGGGCUGCCCUCUGUCCUUCAAAGGUCCCUUCGUGCUUUUGCUCCUUUGCCUCCAGAUCCACAAAAAGCUUCAGCCAGAUUGGCCAUUGCUGCCCCUUCAAGUCUGCAAAGUGAAGUGAGAGUCACAACAACUCCCAAGCUGCUGUUCCUGGAUCCAGUCACAAAGGAACACUUGGAAGCGCAUACAAAAAGACAAAUCACAAGACACCGAUGGGGUCUUCCCAAGCAAGUACAGGAAUCAAUGAAGACUUUAUUGCCCCCUACAUAUUUUCGCCAACCUGAAGAUCUUACAGAGCGAAUCCCAUUGGUUACCCAUGAUCAAGUUUAUCCAGCUAGAAUUAAGGAGCUUUCAGAAGCUAGAGCUCGGCAUCGGCCUACAAUUAGAAAAGCCCCAAAAUGGAGGAGCCAGAUAGAGGAAUAUGGUGGCAGGCAACUACCAAUGAUAGCAGGAAGACGUCCCAAAUCUCCCUCUCCACACAUAAUGAACCAAAUUCCAACUUUAAGUGGAAACAUUUCUCCUAAAUUUCACCAAGAGAGCUGGGCUGCAACAUUCUAUACAAAGGAAGCUUGGGAUGCUCUAGAAUUCCAUAUCAGACGCAAAAAGAUCCAACAUGAUUGGGGACUGCCCUCUAUGGUCAAGAAAUCCCUCAAUGCUUUUGCUCACCAUCCACCAGAGCUGCACAGCACAACUGCAACAUCAGGAGGGCGCAUCUCUAUCAAGAGCCGAAGGAAAGGAGCAACUCAUAGGUCACUUGCUAUGGUAGAGGCAACAAUCCCUCAUUUGGAUCUACAUUUUGUGAGUACAGAGAUCAAGGAUAGCCUGGAAGCCCACUUGAAGAAUUGGACCAUGAAGCACAAAUGGGAGCUCCCCAAACGAAUUCGGAGUUCACUGAGGGCUAUUGUUCCUCCUCAACCUGAAUCCCAAUCUGGAAUGCACCAGCCUCGCAGGCAGCAUAGCAGACCCACCCAACCACAUAAAAUCUUUUCCCACCAUGAGAGAAAGACAUCACAACGGCAAGUCGCCUCUACGAAGGGAGCCUCAAAAAUACCCAACACUAUAAGCCAUCAAAGGCAAAGCUUAGCUUUGGCAAAGCUGCUGUUCCUUACAGAGGACAACCGGCAUCUUUUGGAAUUCCACAUUCAGCAGAAGAAAAUCCAGCAUGCUUGGGGUGUGCCUUUGGUGGUGCUCCGAUCCUUGAAUGCUUUCUUCCCAUUUCCGAUUAAGAUCCAAAGUACAGGAAAGAAGAGGCUCAGGGCUAACCAGUGGGCUAUCAAAGAAGUAAAGGUGGUUGUCCCCUUCACAUUCUUCCUUAGUAUGGAGACCAAAGAGGUUCUGGAAGCUCAUAUGAAGAGGAGGAUUGCAGAACAUAAAUGGUCUAUUCCCAAACGCAUUCAGCAGACACUGGGGACAUUAUCUACUCCCCAACCCCAUUUCCAACCCAAGGACAUUGAUCAACAAACUCCAUUGUGUCGCCAGUGCAAAUUGCUCCUUCAGACUACCGAUGAUUCCCAAACUGAGAAGGAGGAGAAAGAUGAAGACUUGCUGGAACAGUCAGAGAAAGAUAGGAGAAGGAAGAGACGGAAAAAGGAAUAUUUCCAGCCAAGGAACCAGAGAAGGUCUACAUCACCUGGGAGAUCUAGCAGGCAAUUCUUGUUGUUCUCAGAGCCAAGUCUUUCUUUUCUUUCAGAUGAGGUCAGGAAUUAUCUGGAAUUCCACAUCCAGCAGAAGAAAAUUCAGCGGGCAUGGAGCUUGCCCUCCAUGGUUUUGAAGUCUUUGCAAGCUUUUGCCCCAUUUUCCUCUGAAAGGAAAAAACGCAUCGAGAGCACUAGGAAGCGCAUAGUCAAGACACAUGGAUGGAAUAGGCAAGAAGUGAAGGUGAUUGUCCCAAACCUCUCCUUCCUCAGUGAAAAGAUCAAAGACAUACUGGAAGCUCACUUGAAGAGGAGAAUGGCAGAGCAUAGAUGGGGCAUGCCAAAAGCCAUUCAGAAGCUCCUGGGAUCAUUUGUGCCUUCAAGACCUCCUUCUCAACCUGAAAGCAUUCAUGAACAGCCAUCACUCUGCUGGAAGUGCAAAUCCCUCCUGGGGUCUACAGAUGUUUCUGAAAUGGAAGAAGAAGACGAAGAUUUGCUGGAAGAGUCAAAGAAAGAUAGGAGAAUAAGGAGAAGGACAGAGCAAUAUUUCCAGCCAAGGAACCACAGAAGGUCUACAUCUCCUGGGAGACCUAGCAGGCAAUUCUUGUUGUUCUCAGAGCCAAGUCUUUCUUUUCUUUCAGAUGAGGCCAGGAACUAUCUGGAAUUCCACAUCCAGCAGAAGAAAAUUCAGCGGGCAUGGAGCUUGCCCUCCACGGUUUUGAAGUCUUUGCAAGCUUUUGCCCCAUUUUCCUCUGAAAGGAAAAGACGCAUUGAGAGCACUAGGAAGCGCAUAGUCAAGACACAUGGAUGGAGUAGGCAAGAAGUGAAGGUGAUUGUCCCAAACCUCUCCUUCCUCAGCAAAAGGACAAAAGACAUAUUGGAAGCUCACUUGAAGAGGAGAACUGCAGAGCAUAGAUGGGGCAUGCCAAAAGCCAUUCAGAAGCUCCUGGGAUCAUUUGUGCCUUCAAGACCUCCUUCUCAACAUGAAAGCAUUCAUGAACAACCAUCACUCUGCUGGAAGUGCAAAUCCCUCCUGGGGUCUACAGAUGUUUCUGAAACUGAAAAAGAAGACGAAGAUUUGCUGGAAGAGUCAAAGAAAGGUAGGAGAAUGAAGAGAAGGACAGAGCAAUAUUUCCAGCCAAGGAACCAGAGAAGGUCUACAUCACCUGGGAGAUCUAGCAGGCAAUUCUUGUUGUUCUCAGAGCCAAGUCUUUCUUUUCUUUCAGAUGGGGCCAGGAAUUAUCUGGAAUUCCACAUCCAGCAGAAGAAAAUUCAGCGGGCAUGGAGCUUGCCCUCCACGGUUUUGAAGUCUUUGCAAGCUUUUGCCCCAUUUUCCUCUGAAAGGAAAAAACGCAUCGAGAGCACUAGGAAGCGCAUAGUCAAGACACAUGGAUGGAGUAGGCAAGAAGUGAAGGUGAUUGUCCCAAACCUCUCCUUCCUCAGCGAAAGGACCAAAGACAUACUGGAAGCUCACUUGAAGAGGAGAACGGCAGAGCAUAGAUGGGGCACGCCAAAAGCCAUUCAGAAGCUCCUGGGAUCAUUUGUGCCUUCAAGACCUCCUUCUCAAUAUGAAAGCAUUCAUGAACACCCAUCACUCUGCUGGAAGUGCAAAUCCCUCCUGGGGUCUACAGAUGUUUCUGAAAUGGAAGAAGAAGAAGAGUUGUGGCAAGAAAUUAAAAAAGACAGGAGAAGGAAAAUAUGGAAGGGUAAAGAUUUCCAGCCAAGAAAGCAGAGGGAAUCUACUCAUGUGGGUCCUUAUGGAAGGUGUUUCUUAGUACCUAUGGAGGGAAAGCUUCCUCUUCUCUCUGAGGAAGCCAGGAAUUACCUGGAAUUCCAUAUUCAGCAGAAGAAAAUUCAACGAGCAUGGAACUUGCCUUCCUUGAUCCUGAAAUCCUUGCGUGCCUUUGCCCCAUUUCCUCUUGAAGAACAGAAGGACAUGCAAGACCCAAGAGACAGAAGGACCAAAAAAACCCUGUGGGAUAAAAGAGAUGUGCCCAUCGAUGUCCAGAGUCCCUUGUUUCUCAGCCCAGAUGUUGAGGAACACCUGGAUACUCAUGUGAGACACAUAACAACAAAGCACCAAUGGGGUCUUCUCGAACGAGUUCAACAGCCCUUGCAGGCAUUUCUGCCUUUGAGAUCCCAUUCGCCAUCUGAGUUGGAAGAGGCGAAAGAAGGCUCACACGAGGGUUCCAAACCCAGGAAAAUAUACCGUAAGACAAAAGAGAUGCCAUCUGCAAAUGGAAAUAUCAAAACCUAUUCAGAAGUGAAGCUGCCUUUCUUUGUGGACCCAGCUUGGAACCUCCUGGAAUUUCAUAUCCAACACAAGAAACUCCAACAUGCAUGGGGACUGCCCUUCAUGGUGUUUAAAUCCAUAGACGCUUUUGCUCCAUAUGUCCAUGACUCCACGAAGCAUCCUUUAGCCAUUCGAGGUGCAAUGACAGCCCAUAAGCUUUCUUGGGACAGAGAGUUUCACAUGAUUGCCCCAAAUCUGUCAUUCCUUAGCUCAAAUACAAAACAACACUUAGAAGCUCAUCUGAGGAAUUUAAUUGCAGUACAUAGAUGGGAGCUUCCAAAACAUGCUCAAGCAACAUUGAGAGCAUUUCUGCAUCCUGGCACACUCAGUUCGCGAGCUCAGUCUCCUGUCUAUAAAUCUACCCAGAUCUCAUUGCCCCAAACCUGGGGUACAGACAAAAGUCCCAUGAAGAAAUCCCAGCUCAGAAAGAAAGAAGCAAAGUUGUGGACACCCAGGUCUUCAUCCACAGCCUAUUUCAGAAGCAGAAAGGUGGACUUUCUUGAUGAUGGGGCUCAGGAUCUUCUGGAAUUCCACAUUCUGCACAAGAAAAUUCAACAUGCAUGGGGCUUGCCAGCCCUUAUUCAGAAAUCCCUGCGGUUGUUUGCUCCCUCAGAGUCACAGAAGGAGCCACAAUUGGCAGCAGAUGUGACCAUGAAAACAGCAAUGGGUGUUGCAGCCAACAAAUCAUGGAUAGUGAGGGAAGUCAAAGUUGCUCCUCAGCAGCUACGCUUUCUGCAGCCAGACAUAAAGAAGCAGCUGGAAAGACACAUCAGACAUCUCACUGCGAAGCACAGAUGGCAACUUCCAAAACUGGUGCAAGACACACUGGUGGCAUUUAUUCCUCAAAUGGGGGAGGAGAUGAAGGAACCGUUCUCGACAUAUGAUGAAGACCUGUUGAGAUCCAGCUCUAGCUCAGGGGCACCUGACCUGUACGACUCAGAACUAUUUUAUGAACUCCACCAAACUCCAAUGGGAAUUCGAGCUUCUUGGCUGGAUACCCAAGAGCCAUCAUUUUGUUUUGAUAGAAAAACCCAGCACACCAGAACCGUUCAAGGGAAAAUGGCUAGGAGAGAGGCACCUGAAGUGAGCAAACUACAGAAGUUGCCACCGCAGAGAAUAGAAUCAGAUUUAUAUCUAAAGGAUGAACAAAUAUGGGCUUCAGACCUUCUUGGUAGAACACAAGAUCCUAGAGGUCCAUUUUUCUCUACUCCAGUUUCUGGCUAUCAGAAAGGCAGAUAUAACGUCAGUAGCUCAUCAGAGAGUUUAUCUAUGGAGAAAUAUCCAAGUCAAAGAACUGAUUGGUUAGCUACAGACAGAGAAGCUCUUCCUUGCUCUUCCAACAUGUCCCUAAAGAAGGACAUUCUGAAACAACUUCAAAGCACUUCCCAGAGAAAGGAAGAUGACAGAUACUAUCCUGUUGGGUCGAAACAGUCUCAGCUGUCAAAAGUAUCUGGUUCUAGUUGGGUACCCAACAGAUUUUGUAGGAUAGGCAAGUGCCCUUGCCUAUGCCAUUUGCCUUCAUCUAGAGAGGGCUCCAUGUUGUCAUUGCGAUCAGUUAGAAAGCAGAGACCAGAUUUGACUUGGGGUACGGUAAAGGAGACAGAAACAGAUUCUUCUUCGCUGCUAACAGAGGAUAGGUCAUCCCUUCAAUCUAUUUUAGCAAAGAAGGCAGACGUACGGUUCUCUUCUCUUCCAUCAGAAGAUGCUAUCUCUGAAUUAUCUUCAGGGGCAACCUUGAGGAAUGCUUCUCUUCCAGAACCAGGGUACCAGGGAGCCCUCUUUCAGGAGGAAAGAGUCUUUGCUAGCAAUACAGACCUGCAGAAUGUGACUACAUCAGGAAGUGAACCGGCCAAUACCUCAGGGCCCUCUGAACAAUUUUCUUCAUCCACCAAAGGUAUGGUCUUCCAAGAAGCAGUGCAACCUUCACUAGCUGUUGAGCAGAGAGCAGUCCAGGAGUACAGAAGAGAAGGUGAACAGACUGUCCCAGAACUAGGCAGGGAUGAACUUGAUGGUGGAAAGCUCUCCAGCAUUGAGAAGGUAGAAGAAAAGACCCCAGACUGGGGGAAAGACCUAUCUACAAAGGAACCUUUUACUGAUAUCAGACCACUCAUAGAACACAAGACCACCAAAAUGUCUGGGACAACGCAAAAGAGAAGAAAGCCUAUGUCAGAAAGAGCUCAGCCCAGCAAGCCGGAGAAAAAAGUUCGCCACACUCAUUUCCUAGUUCGCAUGGAACCUGAUGAGAAAAUGUCCAUCCUUGGCAGAAUCUUGGAGAGAAAAUUGCGUCUGCGACAUGGGUUGAGCGUUUGGAAGUACAGCCAUGGAAAGGUGGUUUCCAGAAUAAAACACAAGAUAGAAAGCUUUCGGCAAAGUUUCAGGGUACGAAGCAGAACAAGAAGCAAGGAUAGCACUAGGAGAAAUCCGUCACAUAGUCCGGAAAGCACCACAAGAAGCAGCAGCUCAAGUGUCAAGGCCAGAAGCAGAGGGAGAAGCAGAGAGAGGAGAUCAAAGAUGGACGUGAGAAGAAAGGAGUUACCACAAAAUGAAUUAUGAUGGUCACACCUAUAAGACAGUUCCUUGACAAAGGGAGCAGGAAGAAACUAUGAAAAGGGCCAGAAAGAAACUGUGCGAAUCCCUAGGAGAGUAUGCCCCUUGGAAAGAGGUGAAUUUAUAAUCCAGCUUCAAGAACUUGGGUUAAGCCAUUGUGCCAAAGGUUGAUAGACAACCGUGUAGUCCUAUCACAUUAAAAUGUUAAUUUCUAGA